AUGACUGAUGCCAAUCAACAGCAGAAACAUGUAGACGACGGUGAAGCCGCUGGCGCCCCUGCGCCGAUUCAGGCGCCUUUGGAUUCUGAUGGUCUUAUUGAGAGUAAUUGGGAAUAUGUAUGCGAAAACUUCGAUGAAAUGGGUUUAAAAGAAAAUCUUCUUCGUGGAAUUUAUGCGUUUGGUUUUGAGAAGCCAUCCGCUAUCCAGCAACGUGCCAUUAUUCCGUGCACCAAAAAACGUGAUGUCAUUGCGCAAGCACAAUCUGGAACUGGAAAAACGGCCACUUUUUCCGUAGCUGUACUUCAAAAUAUUGAUGAAACCAUCCCAGAAGUUCAAGCCCUUGUAAUGGCACCUACUCGUGAGUUGGCGCAGCAGAUACAAAAAGUGAUGCUAUCGUUGGGUGAAUAUCUUGGCGUGAAGUGCCAUGCAUCAAUUGGAGGUACAAAUGUUCGUGAUGAUCAGCGUAAAUUGGAGUCUGGUGUUCACGUUGUAGUUGGUACACCCGGCCGUGUUAAUGAUAUGAUUACACGCCAGUCUCUCCAAACCAAUAACAUCAAAAUGUUCGUGCUUGAUGAAGCAGACGAAAUGCUUUCUCGUGGAUUUAAGGAGCAAAUUUAUGAUGUCUUCAAAUGUAUGCCGAGUGAUGUUCAGGUAGUGCUCCUUUCGGCUACGAUGCCAUCGGAAGUUCUGGAAGUAACAAAUCGUUUCAUGAAUGAUCCCAUACGUAUCUUAGUGAAGAGAGAAGAGCUUACCCUUGAAGGCAUCAGGCAGUUCUACAUAAACGAAUGGAAAUUCGAGACACUUUGUGAUUUAUAUUCCACAGUUAAUGUAACUCAGGCCGUCAUCUUCUGUAAUACUCGUAGGAAGGUUGAUUACCUUGCAGCUCAAAUGAGUAAAGAAAAGUACACUGUUUCCUGCAUGCAUGGCGAAAUGGAGCAAAAUGAGCGUGACGUAAUUAUGCGCGAAUUCCGAUCAGGCUCCUCCCGUGUCCUUAUUACUACGGACUUGUUGGCACGUGGGAUAGAUGUUCAGCAAGUUUCAUUGGUAAUCAAUUACGACCUUCCAAGCAAUCGUGAGAAUUAUAUCCACCGAAUUGGACGGUCGGGACGUUUCGGGCGAAAGGGUGUAGCAAUAAAUUUCAUAACGGAAACUGACAUGCGAAUGAUGAAGGAUAUUGAAAGUUUUUAUAAUACACAGAUUGAAGAAAUGCCGAUGGAUAUUGCAAAUUUGCUUUAA